CUCAAUAAUAUAUGCAUGAAGUACCCUGAACUUGAUGGGACUUUGGAGGUAGGAAACUGCUCUUUCGGACAUUCCCGACCUCCAUUUGUGGCUGGGUGAUCCAAAGUACCAUGGCUGCUCAAUCUGAAGCAGCCUGCCAGACUGCUGUCCCUACCACGAUGCAACAGGAGGCACAGGUACCCACCCCCUCAGCUGCAACAGAUUCCCCAAAACAAACUGGAGCCAUCGGAAACAUGGGCACAGUCAGCGGUAGAAACAAUCCUAUCAUUACUGGUUCAGGUGAAGUUACUGUCACUUACAACUUGUCGUCAGAUGGAGCAGGAGUAAAUCCACAGAGUCAGAAACCAGACCAAGUAUCGAGAGUGGGGGAUCUCAACCAAGAAGUCGGUAACAAGGCCAGGGACCUUUUAAGGAAAUGUUACAAGACAACGGGUAGCUAUGUUCAGUUGAACCCUGGGGUUCCCGAUGAUCAAAGACCCAUUGUUGGCAUUUACACUAAAUUGCGGGUUAGAACAAAGAAAGGUACUGCAGAAGAAGAAUACUCUGAGGAAACUGUAUAUUCCACAGAGUAUGACAAAAUAUUUAAAGAUUGGCCUGAAACUGAGUUCAAUCGUGCUAUUUUAUUUGGCAUUGGUGGUGUGGGGAAGUCAACCAUUUUUGACAAGAUUGCAUAUGACUGGGCUGAUGAGGCAUGUGAAAUCCUGAAAAGAUUCAAGCUUGUCUUUCUUUUAAAAAUGUAUGCCCUGUUUCAAGAAUCCGAUCUUGUUGAUUCCAUUUUUGAUCAACUUUUAGGCGUAAAGUCAGGAGUAGCCAAAGUUGAACUUGAUAAAUUCAUUCAGGACAACUCAAAUAAGGUCUUGAUACUUUUGGAUGGUUUUGAUGAAAUGAGGACCAAAACACUUGAUGCAGCCUCAUUCGGGUCUAUCCUAAAAGCGCUUAGUAGAACAGAAUACAGGGAUUGUUUCAUUAUUGUGUCAACGCGCCCCUCUCAUCUUGAGACACUGAUGUCAAAAUCACUUGUCCGAAAUCCUUGCACACACGUAGAGGUUCUGGGGUUUACCAAAGAGGAUGUUAAUGAAUACAUUCUGAAAUUCUAUUGCGAAGAUCCUGAUAGUGGCAGUGCACUGAUCCAAAACAUUGAAAAAUCCAACACGCUGCUCGAUUUCUACACGAAUCCAAUGCUUCUCCUUCUCAUGUGUUUGUUGUGGAGGGAGAAAAAACAACUCCCCGAAACAACUUCACGCCUCUUCACUGAGGCAGUUGAUUACAUGUUCACAAGAAAAGGAUAUAGCUCCGAAGAUGCAUCAAAAACAGUGAUUGCUAUAGGAAAAACUGCACUGAGUGGAUUCGUAAGUGCCGACCAGAAUUUCUCAUUUCAAAAAGAUGAGUUUGAACAAAAUGCGCUGGACCUGGCACUGAAAGCAGGCAUCCUAACCCAGCAGAGAGUUAUCAAAAACCUCAAAUGUCAAAACAACAUACAAUUCAUGCACACGACUAUUCAGGAAUACUGUGCUGGUAAAUACUUGCAAAGUGUACAUAUGUCAAACCCGGGAUUUGUAAAGCAUAUGGUGUACAAAGUUGUUCCAUUUGGAGAAUUUCAAAACAAUUUAAGGCAACUAUGUCAGACAAUUGAGGGUGUUGUUUCAAAUGAUUUCCUUUUGCGUUUUUGUUGUGGUGACAAUGAAAAGUGCAUGACUGACAUUGUUAGAUUGCUUGACCGUAAAUUCAACAAGGAUCGACAUAAGCCCAGGUACCAAUCAUACGUUAUACAAUUAAUUAGUCGACACUGUUUUUUUGAAAGCCAAUCCAAAAAGAUCCCACAAUGUCUAACCAGCGACUCACUCAUCCCAUCAAAUAUCAAGGUGAAUAACAAUACUGAUGUCCGCAUUCUCAGGUACCUUCUUAAAAUAAUCUGUAGGUCAGAAGUCCAGGUGCCACAACUGUCACGCAUUGAAACCUUGAAGGUCUCUGAGGUGUCUUCAGUCAGUGGUUUAGCCUUUGCCGUGGGUUACAUGAAAAACCUCAGUCAUGUGAUGCUCUGGAGUUGUCCUUUAGUGAAGGGUGAGCUUGAGAAAAUCCUGUCAUCACUGAAAUGCAACUAUCUCUUAACCAGUCUUGACAUAGACAAUUGCAAUACAUUGGGAGCUGUAGAAUGGGCCCCUCAUAUCAAACACUUGGCAAGCCUUAAGAAACUUGCAGUGAGUGGUUGCAAACUUCAGAGCACAGACAUUGCACACAUUGCCUCAGCUGUACAUGACAUGCCCAAACUUACUGACUUGAGCCUUAGCCUCAACAAGACAUUGGGUGAAUCGGCUGACUUGUGGGCCAAGGAAUUGCCGAAAAUGACGCACUUAAAUCAGCUGGACCUGGGCUAUUGCCAUUUGACACAGUCAGACAUUCCACACAUUGCCUCGGCUGUAGGUAACAUGCCCAGACUGACUGAGUUGAAUCUUUGUGGCAACUGUUCAUUGGGUGAAUGUGCUGUGUUGUGGGCCAAGGAUUUGCCCAAAAUGAAGCGCUUAAAUAAGCUGCACCUGGGCAAUUGUGAUUUGACACAGUCAGACAUUCCACACAUUGCCUCGGCUGUAGGUAACAUGCACAGACUGACUGAGUUGUACCUGUUUUACAACAAGGCAUUGGGUAGACGGGAUAAGUUACACUCCCUCUUCCCAUCACUUAGGGUUAUAUUUUAAUUCUCCCUUGCCAAGCCCACUCUAGAAUUACAUGUACUAGGCAUAACAAUAUCAAAAUGAUAACAUUCUCAAUAAAAGGAAAUGAAAUUUUACAAGAAAAUCAACAAAAUCAAAGGGUCUAAUGUUUCAAUCCUAAGCAGGACCAUUUUCUAAGGUAAAACUUUGUAAUAUAAGACAAUAAUCUAUUCACCAUAAAAAAGUAUAAAAGUGGGGACUUAAAUCACCCCCCUCCCCCACACUUCGAAAACAGACAAUUAAAAAUGUGUCUUUCCAGGAUGUCUGCUUGCAAUUAAAACAAUUAGCUGUUCACCUUCUACACAUGACACUGUAGUUUGUCAUCAAAGUCAAACUGACACUCUUAAAGUCCCAGGUCGAAAAUAACCCUGCAUCCGGGUCAGAUUGGACCUGACACUCUUAAUUUCUUAAAGUCCUAGGUAAGAUAUAACACUGCAUCCGGGUCAGAUUGGACCUGACACUCUUAAAGUCCGGGGUCAGAUAUAACCCUGCAUCCCGGUCAGAUUGGACCUGACCCCCUUCUGGGUUAAAAUUAAUUUUCUUGGUCAAAUAAGUGACUCAAGAGAAGUGUUAUUUUGACCCUGAAAAGUGUCAGGUCAAAUCUGACCCAGAUUUGGGUCGAAUCUGACCCGAGACUUUUUAGAGUGUCUAUGAUUUGCUGAUUGGGUCAAUAAGAAUGGACAAGGAACUGUAGAUUCGUGCUAAGAAUGGACGGGGCGAAUCUUGCACAAAUCUACAGUUCCAAGUCUAUUCUCCGACUUAAACUAUUUCUUAAAACAACGGCAGUUUAUGCAAAUAAGAUCCCUGGUAUACCACAAUCUCCACAUUUGUGAAUAAGUGUAGAUUCCACAUCUGGAAACUUUUUGAAGUGACAAACAAAAUUACUGUAGACCUCAAAUCUCUUCGUGUGUGCAUGGAAACAUCACUAAUUUGAAAACCCAGUGGAUAUAUGGUAUUUGUUGAUUUCGGAGGCUGUAUGGGUGGUUUGGUCCAUUUCCAAGUUGAGACUUGUUGGCCUGACAACAGUUGUCUUUAUGUAUCACAUUGAAACAAUAAGAAAUUCAAACAGUGAGAAGUUAUGUGAUUAUUCCAAGAUAGAAAACACACAUGUAUAUUUUGUAAAUAAUAUUUUAUUUUUGGAGACUCAUUGGCCCAGGUGGCUAAUUAAUUGUGCCUGUAUAACGGUUCCAAAACUGUAUUACCCUGAGUAGUUUUGGAAUUAUUCCAACCACCAAUUAGUGACUUUUUUGUAAAUAUUUUUUUUGAAGAAUGUUUGUGUUAUAUUUUGUUUUUUAGGCUGCCUGAAUAUUAUUGUACUUAUGUCAGACAUUUAAAAGAGUUGUUUGGGAUUAUUCCAACCACAAAAUACUGACUUUUCUUGAAAAUAAUGUUUUUAAGAUUUUAUAUUUUGUUCAUAUUUGUAUAUGGGUCAUUCCACAAAGUUGAGAUACAAAGUGUGACAUUGGGGUCAAAUUUUCAAAUUACUUGUACAAGUUUGGAUUAUGCAUUUUUUGAUAGCCCAUACAUUUGUGGUUUAAGUCACAUGAUUUUGGAAAGUUGGUAAAUUUGUACACAAUAUGUAUUUACAUGUAAUGACUAUGGAGAAGUUGUGGAUGUAACCAGAGGCUACCGUCCUGUUACAUCCAAACCUUGUUUUGUUCAUAAUACUUCAAAUGCUUCAAAUUCACACCAAACUUGAGUUUAUCAUCAAAUAGCUUCAUUUAAAUAAUAUCCAUACUUAUAUACUUUUAAAGAAUGCUAAAAUUGUUAUUUCCAACAAUAACAACAAAAAUAAUGGUUGUAGAUGUAACAUGUGGGACACCACUACAUCACAAUGCGGUAUUCUUCACCUCGAUAUGAAUGGAACUAAAUGUUGUUUGUGUUUAGAAAUGUUGUUUCCAAAUCUCUGUUUCAAGGGCAAUUGCAGAUUGCAGGUCAUGAUAUUCAUACUUAUUUUAGGCAUGACCAUGUCAACUGGUUGUGGAUGUAACACGGACACCAUGUGCCCACAGGCAUAAGAUUUUCUUCAUAUUUGGCCAAAACAUUUAUUUGCUUAGACUACGAUCACAUUAUUUUACAAAUACCAGUUCAAUCAUGAAAUAUUGGGGUCAAUCUGACCAAAAUUGCUGCAAAAAGACAACUUUGCACAGGCCAGUUGUGGAUGU